UGUUACAUCCCAUAUAAAAUAGUGGACGCAGAAAGUCUCAGACAGUGCAUCCAGGCAUCAGAAAUGCAUCUCAAAUGUGCCUACUUUCUUAUGGUCCUGUUCAUUGUGGUUUAUGGUCAGAAUUAUCCACCAUCUGAUGUGCAUUGGAUCAAUCAAUAUCGGCAAGGUUUCAACUUCCAGUGCCCUGACGGGGAAGCUUUGGUAGUAAUACAGAGUUACUAUGAUAAAAGUGAAGGCUCUGACAGACUUUGGAGUUUCGAAUGCCAGCCCACACCCGAGGAUAUGGGACAGCCGACAGAAUGUUGGUGGGAUGAUAUUCUGCUAGCUGGUUCGGAAUGGUACCACACUUGUACAAACAAUGGUAUUGUAGCAGGAGUACAAAGCCGAUACUUUGAGAGUGUUCUGGAUCGGGACUGGCAGUUCCUCUGCUGCAGAUACAGCAGAAGAUGCCCUUAUGAAUGCAGGCUCACAACUGAUGUACCCGAGUUUUAUGAAGAAGAAGGACAUUUUGUCAUGCCACAAUAUGGCUAUUUCAUCAGGGGAGCCUCAACCACCUUCACUGGUGUCCUGAGGGAUCGUCAAUGGAAAUACGUAAUCUGUCAGAUGACAAGAUUUAACUGCGAUUUUGACAACCUGUAGAAGUUACAAGCUGAACAUUGACAUUGUCCAUGGAACAUGAUCUGUUUACCUGAGAUGCCUCCUAUUAAAAAAAACCCUUCUGUUCUCUAAACUAUAGUUUCUUUUUUUAAAAAUGCAAUUAUAUAAGAACAGCAUUGCAACAAUAGUAUUUUCUGGCAGAAACAUGGUUAACAUGUGAUCAUCCUUCAACUAGAGAAAGCAGGAGAGAUUUUCUGGAACAUUGGAUUGCCUGAACACAAUGAAUUAUUGGAGAACCAAGUGGGUUGGAGUACAUACUUGUAAAGGAAUCCACCCAAUCUUCCUCAGUUACUUUAAGCAGAAGGAAAUUGGCUCUUGCAAUUUCACCUGAGAACACUAAUGUACCCACCAACUUUUUUGAUAUUCAUUGUACCAGGGAAUUGAAUGAAUCUGGGUAUGGACUCUCCUCCCAUGUAGGCACCUACUGAUUUUAAGAGCCAGUGUUUGGAAAGCAUUGUGGUAAUGAAUGUUCAGUUCAAACCAGGAAAAUGUAAAUCUUUAGUUAGUGCUGAUGACCUACAAGCCUGCUGUGAUCUUUUCAAUAAUGUUAUCAACCCUGAUUGCAAGCAACGUUACAUGCAAAUCAAAGCUUUCAUAUCUCCUGAGAAAAUAAUUUAGAAGCUUUCUUAUUCUCCCUCCUUGUGUUAAAGAUAAAUUGAGCCAAACUCAAAUAUGCAACUAAAAUAUUUAUACUUAACCAGAUGCCUUGAUAGGAUUGCAUGAAGGAUACAUAGUGUACAUUGUACAAAAGUAACCUCAGUAAAACUUUAGAACUGACUAUGACUGUUUUACUAAGACAAGCUGUCCACAUUGCAGGUGAAAGGAGCCUGACUUACAAACUGCAAUGGUGUGAAGCCCAAAUUGCCAAAUAAGGUAAAAAUCCAAUCUGGAUAUUAACAAUGAACACAUUAAAACAUUUGUGUGUAACUUUUUUCACAGGAUGGAAUUCUGUCUUCAUUGACGUUACUUAUGGUUUGAUGGAUACUACAGUUAAUAACGUUCAAGUAACACACAAAUACAUUUUCCGUUGAAGGAAUUAAGUAAUUAAUUCAAACCCUGCUCAAUGGCCUGAAAUUCCACUUGAAUUCAAGACAAGAUCCCAAAAAGAUUUGUGUGGUUCAGAUUGCUUCCUCCCUAUUUUGUGGUUGAUGGAGCCAGAGUUGGAACUUCUGGCUGAUAUCAAUGGAAUGUGCCUAUGAGAUUUUUCACCAGUAUGUCCUGAGCACUGGCAUGAGUUUUGUUGAAGUAAUUUAAAAGAAACAAAAGCUUUACCAAGCAAAGGUAAUCAGUUCUAGUGGGGAUCAAUCAUCUUAACCAUCUUCUGGAAAAGGUUUUGAUCUCAGGCCUUUAUGUGGGUCACAGACUUAGAUGAUUUCAGUCAUGCUGGUGCCUGCUGAUGGAUCUGGUUGGGUGCCAUUGAAAUAUCACUCACAGGCUUUAAUGGUGAACAGACGUUACUUAGAUUACCCCAUCCUUGCAUUGUGGGAUGGGACCCAGGGCACUGAGCAUGGGUCCUCUUCUGUCUGAAUUUGCUGGGCUUCAGCUGGUGGAGCAGGUCGAUGGGAAUGGCACCUUCAAAAGAUCUCAUAUUCCGCAAUGCAUUUUCUGAACUAUAUGCACACUGCUGGCAAUGACAUAAAAUAUACAUGGUAGUUAUUCAUCUAGUAUUCUCCUUUAAAUGAAUGUCUAAAUGAACAAGACUAUAACUGUUCAAACUUAGUUCUGGUUGCAGUUUAUAUAUAUCCAAUGUUGUUCUCUAACAUUUGCUUACUUCUGCUUAAUUAAACAAAAUUAACUGGUA